AUGAACGCAAGCGUUUCCAUCGGUCUCCUCCCCACCAUCGUCAACGAUGAGGCGUCAUUGUUGAUGUACUUCCUCCUUUUCCUUCUCUUCAACCUUGUCGGUGCCUUGUGGGGUUGGUAUGUGCCCCUUGUCGAGGAAGCCUUCAAGGGCGACAAGCAUACCAGCGACGACGACGAUGCCGGUGGUGUCCUUCUUCAUCAACAACAACAACCAACUCAUCCUCCUUCUCAAUCUUCCUUCUCUGGCGUCACCUCCGACGAAAGCGCCGUUGUGCGUGAAUUGCGAAAGGAGAACGCCAAACUCAAAGACAAAUACCUCCACCUCCAGGUGGACCUGUACGCGGCGGAGUCCCUCCUCAACACCUCCAGGGAGGAUCACAUGGACGUUCUAGAGAUCUACAACGCCUUCAAGGACUCCAAGAACGAGUUGGAACGGCGGCUCAAAAAGAGCCAGGACGAAUGUGAAGAGCUAAAAAAGCUCAACUGGGCCCUGAAGACCGAACUUGCUUGCGAGAAGGACUCUCGUGAGCGCGAUGUCGAUGAACUCGAGAGAGCGAAGACAUCGCUGACGGCAGAGUGCAAGGAGCACAAGAGGCUCCUUGUUGAGUCGGAAGCACUUCUGACUCUCACAAAGGCAGAGUGUGAAGAGCUCAAAGAGCGCAACUCUGGCCUCGAGGUCGAAAUCGGCUUCGAAAAGGAAUUUCGGAAGCGGGAUGCCGAUGAACUCUCUGAAGCGAAGGCAUCGCUGCAGAGUGACCUUGAAAAGGUCACGAGGGAGAGGGAUGAAGCUCUGAAGGAGCUGAUGGGGGCAGGGGGAGGAGGAGGAGGAGCGAGGGUGCAACAGCGCCCCUUGCCGAGACAAGUGGGUGGAAGAGGAGGAACAAGGGGGGAGGGGGAGAAGAAGGUGUCGACCAUUAUUGGCGACGCAAUGGCCAGUUUUGAGGCCAACUCGGCGCCAGCUCCAUCUUCUGUGAUGGCUGGAAAGGGAGCCAAGCAGCCAUCGAUCUUCCAUGAGAUUGCGUGCCCCUCCAAGCCAUCUCAGGAGAUGGAUGACUGGAAAACGCCGGGGGAAAAGGAAGAGGAGGAGAAGGAGAAGGAGGAGGGAGGAAAGAGGAAGACCGGGGGGGUGGUUGAGGGGGAUGGGAUCGUGGUUGGGGCUGUGGUAGGAGAAGACGCCUGUCCGACUUGUGGGCAAGGCUAUCAUGAACACGCCGGUCGUGUCAUGAUCAUGGCAACCAGAGGAUGUAGUAUUCCAUCAACAGAUGGCAAUGGAAAGGAAUGA